CGCCCCCCAGUAUCCCGGCGUGCCCCUCGCUGCUGUCCUCCUAUAUCCCGGCGUUCAGCGGGCGGCCUGACCCCUCAGAAGGACGAGACUGUCGCUCGGAUUAGGUAUCUCUAUCUAACUCUCACACUCGCGCUCAGAGGACCAGCAGCAUGUCUGACGCAAUCGAAGAGAAAAUCAAGAACUACAGAACAGCCCCUUUCGAUGCUCGAUUCCCAAACACCAACCAGACCAGGAACUGCUUCCAGAACUACCUGGAUUUCCAUCGUUGUAACAAUGCUCUGUCUGCUAAGGGCCAGGACGUUUCUCCCUGCCAGUGGUACCAGCGUGUCUAUAAGAGCCUGUGUCCUAUGAGCUGGGUGGGAAAAUGGGACGACCAAGUUGCGGAUGGGAGCUUUCCUGGGAAAGUGUAAAUUACAAGAACCAAAAAACAACGGUCAUCAGAAUAUUGUUAAUAAUAAGAAUAUAACUUUAUUCCAGUCUGAGUGUCUCUGAUUUAAGGGGGAGGUUCAAAAUGUCCCCAGUGAAAAUAUUAGACAUGAAAUAAAAUGCCGUUUCUGUUCUA